AUGGUCAAGUUCGUCUUAGGGGAAGAGCUUCGUCUAGGGCUGUACGGAGAGCGGGCGCGGAGGGAUCGCUCGGGCCCUGGGCCUGCGGUGUGCGAAGGGCUUCGGGGUGGCCUGGCCGCUUUUGAAGGUGCAGGUACGUCAGGAGGAGAGCGUCAGGAGGAGAACUUCAUGGCCCGCGAGCCUCCUGGGGGUCUGCGGAAUCCACCCCCUCCCAAUGCGCUGCCAUCCUUCGGCGUCUCUGGCGCUCAGCUCAUGAACAUUCCAGGGUGUGGCCAAACGGAUGUGAAAAUAGUCGGAGGAGAGGAAUCCAAAGAAGGGGAGUGGCCCUGGCAGGUGAGCCUGAGGGUGCGCAACAAGCACGUCUGCGGAGGCUCGCUCAUCGCCGAUCAGUGGGUGCUGACCGCGGCUCACUGUAUUGUCAGCCGCUACACCUACACCGUCAAGAUGGGAGAUAUAUAUUUCUCUAAAGAAACCAUGACAACUGUGAAGGUGUCUGUCAAAAACAUCAUUGUCCACCCUGGGUACAGAAAUCUCAACACUGUUCAACAUGACAUUGCCCUUCUCCAUCUGCUCCACCCCGUGAAUUUCACCUCGACCAUCAAGCCUGUCUGCAUCCCACAGGAGACCUUCCAGGUGGCAGCUGGGACCAGGUGCUGGGUGACUGGAUGGGGCCGACAGGGAGAAGGCGAUAAGCCUUAUUCAAAAAUUCUCCACAAGGUCGACCAGUACAUCAUCCGCUAUGAAAACUGUAAUAACAUCAUGAAGCAGACUGUGUCCAGUUUUAAGGAUGUCAUACUGGAAGGCAUGGUCUGUGGCUAUAAGGCUGGUGGAAAAGAUUCUUGUAAGGGAGAUUCCGGGGGACCCAUGGUCUGUGAAUAUAACCAGACCUGGGUGCAGGUGGGGAUUGUGAGCUGGGGCAUCGGCUGUGGCCGUCUUGGAACUCCUGGAAUUUAUACGGAAGUUAGCUUCUACAGGAACUGGAUGGUGGCAGUGUUGAACCAGUCUACCUCACAGUAUCCAGUGUUGACCAACAUCUUAGUUCUAUUUGUGGUAUUGCCCCAGGCAUCCUGGUGACCCUUUGACCAUACUUUCUCUCCUGUUUUAUAGUCUUGUACUUCACAUCUCUUCUGGGCUCCCAUUCCUUCUUAAUACCGUGGCUUCAAAUUCAAGUUGGGAUCCAUGAACCCUGUCUUGACUAGGAGAUUCACCCAGUCAAGGGUGCCAUAGAGGCUGGAACCCAGAAGGUGCACUGGUACACUGGACACCUGUGUAAGCUUUGAUUGUGCCCCUGAGCCCUUCACUAAUGUUCUGCCCACUGGGAAGAGGAGGGGUGACCAGUGAGGUAGCGCAUGGUGGUUCUUUGAUCUUUUGGAGAACAUCAACCAGACAGGGGAAGUUUGAUUUGACACCAUCAGCAAUGAAGCCAGCAUUAGAUCCUGGUUCUGGUUUCAUAGCUCUCCCCUAAAAUGUGUUCAAACCAGUCAGUUUGGAAUUGUCUAAUUGUCUCUCUCAAGAGAGAGUGAUGGAGGCUUGAUGGGCACCAGGACUGGGAUACCCAAAUCUUUUGCCAAAUCAGCUCUCUGGAGGCAACCCAAUCUUGGAAGCCCUUCCUCAACUCCCUAGUAGCCACAUCUCAAGUUGUGUUGAAGUAUAUGGAGUGUGGCGAUUUACAAUGAUCUAUUGAAUAAAUA